AUGCUGCGGUACCUGCUGAAGACGCUGCUGCAGAUGAACCUGUUCGCCGACUCGCUGGGAGCCGAAGGCUCGAACUCCUCCUCGCUGCUGCUCGGCAUCAACCGCUCCAUCGCCGCGCUGCCCCUGCCCGAUCCCAGCCCCGGGAACGGAUCCCACAGCCCGCUGGAGGACACGGCUCCCCGCAUCGUGGAGCACCCCACGGAUGUGCUGGUGUCCCGGGGGGAGCCGGCCACGCUGAGCUGCAAGGCCGAGGGGCGGCCGGCCCCGGUGAUGGAGUGGUACAAGGACGGGGAGCGGGUGGAGACGGACCGGGAGGAUCCGCGCUCCCACCGCACGCUCCUCCCGGGCGGCUCCCUCUUCUUCCUCCGCAUCCUGCACGGCAGGCGGGGGAAGCCCGACGAGGGGGUUUAUGUCUGCGUGGCCAGGAAUUACCUGGGGGAGGCCACCAGCCGGAAUGCUUCCCUGGAGGUGGCCGUGCUGCGGGACGAUUUCCGACAGCCCCCAGGGGACGUGGUGGUGGCGGCGGGAGAACCGGCCGUGCUGGAGUGCGUCCCGCCCCGCGGGCACCCCGAGCCCAGCGUGUCCUGGAAGAAAAACGGAGUCCGGGUCAGCGACAAGGACGAGCGCCUGACGAUCCGUGGUGGGAAGCUGAUGGUGGCCAGCACUCACAAGAGCGAUGCUGGCGUCUAUGUCUGCGUGGCCACCAACGUGGUGGGGGAGAGGGACAGCGAGCCGGCCGAGCUGGUGGUCUUUGAGCGCCCAGCAUUUGGCAAGAGGCCCCAGAACCAGGUGGUGCUGGUGGAGGGGACGGCGGAGUUUGCCUGCGAGGUGAUGGGGGAUCCGCAGCCGGCGGCACGCUGGCGCAAGGAGGAGGGUGAAAUGCCACUGGGAAGGUGGGAGGUGCUGCCAGACAACACCCUGCGGAUCAGGCGGCUGCAGGUGGAGGAUGAGGGCACCUACACCUGCGUGGCUGAUAACAGCGUGGGCAGGUCGGAGGCAUCGGGCACCCUCACUGUGCACGUGCCCCCCCAGCUUGUCACUGGGCCCCACGACCAAGCUGUCACCCCUGGCCAGAGCGUGACUUUCCAGUGCCAGAGCAAGGGCAACCCACCACCCGCUGUCUUCUGGCAGAAGGAGGGGAGCCAGACCCUGCUGUUCCCGGGCCAGCCCCCAGUCCCUCCUGGCCGUGUCUGGGUGAGCCCCAGUGGUGCUUUGACCAUCGUCAGCGUCCAGCCCAGCGAUGCUGGCCACUACCUGUGCCAGGCCAUCAGCGUGGCCGGCAGUGUCCUGGCCAGGGCAGGCCUGCAGGUGACAGGGGCACCCGCUGAACUGCAGCCGCCGGUGCUCAGCCUGCUUCCCACGAACCGGACGGUGCUGCCAGUGGGGGCCACAGCACGGCUGCCUUGUGGGGAGGGGGCCCACGACCCUCCGGGCAGCGUGGGGUGGCUGAAGGAUGGCAGUGCCCUGGUAGGUGUCCAGCCCCGUGCCAGACUGCUGGAGAACGGCACCCUGCAGAUCACCGGCCUCCGGGUGAGAGACUCCGGGCUCUACAGUUGUGUGGCCACCAGCCCAACGGGCGAGACACGCUGGGGCAUCUCCUUGGAGGUACAAGGUGAUGAAUCCGACCUCUCCCUGCCUUCCCCUGCACCCGAUCUCCUCCCUGGGCCACCUUCCACCCCUGUGGUCACCAACGUUACCAAAAGCAGUGUCACCCUGAGCUGGAAAGGGAACGAGGACAGUGGUGCCACCGAUGUCACUUCUUACAUAGUGGAGGCUUUCAGCCAGGCAGUGGGUGGCCCGUGGCAGACAGUGGCAGCUGGUGUGGAGGGUGAGACCCACACAGUGACCGGCCUUGUCCCUGACACUGUCUACCUGUUCCUGGUGCGGGCGGUCAAUGCCCACGGGCUCAGUGACCCCAGCGGCGUCUCGGAGCCUGUGCGCACCCAAGACACCAACCCCACGCAGCAAGGGCUGGACCCUGAGCAGGUGCAGCAGGAGCUGGCACAGGUGGCUGUGCACCUGAAGGAACCUGUGGUGCUGCCACUGGGCACCGUCCACCUCUCCUGGACCGUGGAGCACCAGGCACCCUUCCUUCAGGGCUACCGGGUGCUGUACCGGCAGCGCGGCGGGCGCUGGGAGGAGGCACAGACAGCGUGGGCACCAGGGGAGCGGGGGGCCCUGCUCACCGGGCUGCGCCGGGGCCAGGACUACGAGGUCAAGGUCCGACCCUAUUUUCACCACCUCCAUGGUCCCGACAGCGCUGUGCGGGCUCUGCGCACCCCUGAAGCAGCCCCCAGUGCCCCACCACGAGCUGUCAGUGUGGCUGGGAACGGUACCAGUGUCCGCAUCUCAUGGCAGCCACCGCCUCUGGCAGAGCAGAAUGGGGUCAUCCGUGAUUACCGGAUUUGGUGCUUGGGCAAUGAGAGCCGCUUCCACAUCAACCAGAGCGUGGAGGGCACGGUGCUGGCGACAGUGUUGCAGGGACUCGUCCCCGGGGUCCCUUAUCGUGCUGAGGUUGCUGCUGCCACCAGUGCUGGUGUGGGUGCCCGCAGUGCCCCUGUCCCCAUCCACAUCGCCCCCCUGGUGGAGCCAGCAGCUGGGAGCAGCUUGACUGAGCAUUUGGCAGAGGUGGCCAGGCAGCCAGCCUUCAUUGCCGGCGUCGGUGGCGCUUGCUGGGUCAUCCUCGCCGCCUUUGCUGCCUGGCUCUACAGCCGCCGCCGCAGGAAGAAGGAGCUCAGCCACUUCACCGCAUCCUUUGCCUACACGCCCACCGUCGCCUUCCCAGCUCCAGUGCGCAGCACCCCCAGGGCAGCUGCUGGCGGUGGUUACCCGUGGCUGGUGGAUGCGUGGCGUGGUGGCAGCACAGCCAGUUCUGCCGGGUGUUUGGGGUCCACUGAGAGAUACUACAAUGAUGCCGGCAUCACCCGUUACAUCGCCCAGACGGAGCAGUUUGGAGCGGGGGCUGCCGAGGGGCCGGUUUACAGCACCAUCGAGGUUGACAGUGAGGAGCUCUGCACUUUCCCCCGUCCCUUCUCACAGUAUGGGACCUCCUACCCUGGCGGGGGUUCCCAGCCAGUGGAUGCUGCAGCCUCCCAGGUGCCCCGUGGCCGGGCUGAGCACGGGGCCAGAGCAAAGCUGGGGCAAGCAGUGAAGCCGCCGGCAGUGAGCUGGACAGAGCUGCUGCCCCCACCGCCCUCAGCCAGUGAGCUCAGCCAGUGUGCCCAGGAGGAGGAGAAGGAGGAGGAAGAGGAGGAUGAAGAAGAAGAGGCAGCCAGAGGGUUGGGGAUGGAGGUGUGGUACCCUGGUGAGGACAUGCCCUGUGCCACUGCUGCAUCCUCACCCACCUCCUCGUCCGGCUGCCGUUCCACCGCCACGCUGACGCCGUCACCUCGCACCACCGAGGACAUCCCUCGCCUCCGCGACUUCGAUAGCUCCCUCCUGCCCCGGAGACCCCCCCACGGUGUCAGCACCCCCCCACAGGCACCCAGCCCCUCGGUGACGCCGGAUGCCAGCGAGGGCCACCCACCCCGAGCCCUCUGCCCUCCUGGCACAGGGAAAACCCGCGGGGUGAUCUCCAAAAGUCGCCUGAAGCCCAAAUGCAGCCGCUACCGCCGGGAAAAGCAGACGGGAGAGCUGCCGCCGCCGCCGCUGCCGCCGCCAGGCGAGAGCCCCGGGCCCGCAGCGGGGCUGGAGCCGAGCGGGGCUGAGCGCAGGGUGAGCCCGCGCCCGCCCCGCGGGGGUAAGGCAGCGCCGCGCACCGCGCCGCGCGGGGCCGCGGUCCGCGCCCAGCCCCAGCCGUGUCCCUCCCCUGCAGAUGAGGCCGGCCCCUGCAGCAGAGCCUCGGGCAGACACCGCGGGCAGGUGUCCGGCAGCUGCUCCACCACCGGCAGCGUCUCGUCCCGCGGCUCCAGCGGCUCCCGCGGGCACGGCUCGGGGCGCAGCCGGACCCCCGGGGACCGCGGCGAGGGCACCGGGCACGGCCGCCGCCCCGGGGCCCCGCUCCCCUGCCCGCCGCAGGAGAAGCGAUAA